UAGGGUUCUUAUUCUCUACCUUCCGGUCCACAACAAUUACAAUGCACCUUCUUUUUCCCUUCACUGUUUUUGCUCUCACAGCAGUCCAACCCUAGCAUAUUUGAAAUUCUAGUUUCUUCGAAAUUCUAGAGCUGUAAUUGCUUCAAUGUCUGGAGGUCCUAGGGUUAAAUCGAUGAACCAUGCUGAUUCCGAGGUGCGACCAGUACUCGGGCCGGCGGGUAAUAAGGCCAGAUCCGUUGAAUUACGAAAGCCCACUGAGAAGCCCAUUAAGACUAACAACAAGCCAGCUGAGACUGAAGAGUCUAAGGGCAAGAAAUUUCAAGGAGCUGAUCCGUUGCCGCAAUCAAAGUCGCCGGUGGCUGCUUCGAAGAAAUGUGGGAGUGUUCCUUCUAUUUUGAGACAGCAACAGGACCAUAGGACUUUGCUGAUGAGGCCUAAUUUAUCGCUCAAUGCCUCGUGUUCCUCUGAUGCUUCGACGGACUCUUCUCAUAGCCGAGCAUCCACGGGGAAAUUGAGCCGGGGUAGUUUGACGCCAAAGUCUGGACGAAGGAAGCAAUGCAGCCCGAAAGUAGACAAGUCUGAGAAAAGUGGAAAAUCUGUUGGUGAAGUGGAGAGCUUGUCUCCCAGUCCCGUCAGUGGUGAUGCUUCAGUGAUAAAGAAAAGGUGUGCUUGGGUGACCCCAACUACUGAUCCAUCAUAUGCUGCGUUUCAUGAUGAGGAAUGGGGAGUUCCAGUCCAUGACGACAAGAAACUUUUUGAACUUCUCAGUCUAUGCACUGCAUUAGCUGAACUCUCAUGGCCAGCAAUUCUCAGUAAAAGGCAUACGUUUAGGUACAGAGAAGUCUUUCAAAAUUUUGACCCAGUUGCAGUCUCAAAACUAAAUGAGAAGAAGAUAGCACCACCAGGAAGCCCUGCCAGCACUCUCUUAUCAGAGGUUAAGCUGCGGGCAAUUGUUGAAAAUGCACGCCAAACCUGUAAGAUAAUCGAUGAGCUUGGAUCUUUCGACAAAUACAUAUGGGGUUUUGUGAACAACAAACCUAUAGUUAGUCAGUUCCGAUAUGCAAGGCAGGUGCCAAUGAAGACAUCAAAAGCAGAAGGGAUAAGCAAAGACCUAGUUAAAAGAGGAUUCAGAGGAGUCGGGCCUACUGUUGUGUACUCGUUCAUGCAAGUAGCUGGAAUUACAAACGACCAUCUCAUUAGUUGCUUCAGAUUUCAUGAUUGUGUAGCUGCAAUUGAUGGAAUGGAGAACGAUGAUGGCCUUGCGGCUAAGACUGAAGUGAAACAACAACUCAAGGAUGAAACAGAAAUGGGUCUUAUAAGAGCUAUUGAUGACUUCAAUUUAUCCACAUAGUGAAUUAUGUCAAAGUAGUGAUAUGUAAUUUAUACUACUAGUAGUAGAUUUGGUGGCUUUGCGCGCCCUUGUUUGCGAUACAGUUGAAAGGGCGGCAAGUGCUUGUGUAUAAAUGACCUUGCUAUUUAUUUUUUCCCGUUGCUGUGUACAUC